AUCCACUCUAUCCUCCCAGUGAGAAGAUCUUCCCUGUGCCGUCAGACGCAGAACUUCGAGAGAGCAAUAUCGAAACUCUCGAAGCUCUUCUACCGCGCAUGCCCACGGAAUAUAUCGGAGAUGACAUCGUACCAGGCCUGCGGAAAUACGACACUUCCGGCAUUACCAUCCAAUGGGCCGAUAUCUACGACGCCCAAUUUGCUGCGGAAUGGCCAAAAGAUGUGAAACAUGUACCAAUGGGCAUUCUCCGGCAUACUCCCCCCGCGCCUACUCAUGCAUCGGUGACCGAUACUCUCGAUUCUCGCCAAAUUUACCGCGACGGCCAUCCCCUCGCCGACGGCCCCGCCCACGAUAUGGCCACCUUCAAAGCAAGCCAAUGGCGCCGCACCCGCGGUGUCCCCACCGAGACCACUCCCGUCAACUUCGCCCAUCCUAAAGACAGCAGCCAAACCGCUCCCUGGCUCCAAACUGACGACACCGAUGCCCUCGAGGCCCUCCGCGCCCGCCAACGCGCCUGGAACGCCACCCACGCGCCCCGCAAAGACACUUGGGAGCCUUUCUCCUCGACCGACCAACCAUCCACCCCCAACGCCUCCGCCGACCAACCGACCAACUCUUACCAAGCCGCCAUCGCCCGUAAGGAGAAACUCGCUCGUCUUCAGAAAAAACUUAUCGACAAGACUCUGCCCGAUGUCGAUACGAGUAACGAGCCGAGCGUCAAACUUGUCAUGUCGACGCCGCGCAUCACAAACCUCAACGCUUUCAGGGACUUGCCGCAGACUGUGCUGGCAUUACGAGCUGCUGCGUCUGCUCGGGCUGCGAAGAGAGAAGCUGAGAGAGAGGCGUUGCGCCAAUCAAUGGCCGAGGAAGAGGCGACGCGCCAGCUGGGAGAUGAAGAGCGUGCGGCACGCAAGCAGGAGGCUGACCUUGUGAGGCAAAAGGCUGAAGAGGAAAAGGCGCGCGAUCCGGAGGCUUUCGAAGCUGCUCGUGCUGCGAGGCGCGCUGCAAGGGAGGAGGCUUAUCUUGCUGAGCGAGACGAUGCCCCUGCCCGUGCUGUGAAGCGAGAGGCCGCGCUCCAGCUGAAGGCUAUGAGGCAGGCCGCCGCGGAGAAGCAGAGGGUUAGGAUGCAGGCGGCGCGGGAGCUGCAGACUGCUGCGAGGCAAAAGGCCCAUGCUGCGUUGCUAGAGGCCAGAGCGAUUGGAAAGGAGAAGAGGCUGGAGGAGACGGCGGUGCGCAGGCUGCAGGAGCAGAAGAUCAAGGAGCAGAAGGCUCGCGACGCGGAGGCUUUCGAAGCUACUAGAGCCGCGAGGCGAAUGGCCCGUAACGCGGCAAAAAAUUCCAAACCCAGUAAGGUUGCGAGGCAGGCUAUGAGAAAGGAGGCUUAUCUUGCCAGGCAAGCGGCUGAGAAGUAGGCCGCACGGCCCUGGGAGCUUUGGCGAGUGGUGGAGCAGGAAAGGCAAAAUGUACUACAAACUCUUCCUUUUCUUCUUCAUCACGAUCCGUCUUCAUGCUUAUCAUUAUAGACGGGCACGCGUCCCACUGAUAUUCUUCUGCUCCUUCUGGAGUUGAAAAUCUCACUGCCACCUCGUGCCCGUCAUUGAAAAAGUCAAAACAUUUCAUUAUCGUAUUCAUUUAACCACACUCGUCAUAAAUCGUUCAUGAUGCCCUUCUCCCCUGUCCUGCCGCCCCAACAAAAACAACCAACCCAAAGCAAACCAUAGCCACCAGGCAAACCAAGAAAAUCCAAAUCCUCACCUCAUCCUCUUCAAUCUCGCGCAGAAGAACCCUGUCCGG